CACCUCCUGUGCUUGCCCAAGUGCAUCAAGAGUUUGCCCAAAUCUGCCCAUCUAAAGUAGCUGAUCCUAGACCAGAACCUGCACUUCCUUCAUUAGAAGAAAAAGAAGGCAGCAGUGCUUAUCAACAUUUGCAUGUGCCUGUGCGGAUAAUGGAAGAUUUUUUAAGGCUAGCUCGGUCAAACACAAAAAGGAAUCUAGAAACUUGUGGAGUACUUGCUGGCUCUCUGAAAAACAGGGUUUUUUAUAUCACUACUCUCAUAAUCCCAAAGCAGGAGUCAACCUCGGAUUCUUGUCAAACACUAAACGAAGAGGAAAUAUUCUAAGUUCAGGACAGACUCUCUUUAUUUCCCUUGGGUUGGAUUCAUACACACCCUACAGAAACUUGCUUCAUGUCAUCAGUUGAUCUUCAUACACACUACUCGUAUCAGAUAAUGCUACCGGAAGCAGUAGCAAUCGUGAUGGCUCGGACAGACGAAACAACACCUCACGGGAUAUUCCAUCUCUCGGACCCAUCAGGUGUAUCCGUGAUCCGAAACUGCCAGCAGCGAGGCUUCCACCCGCACGAAGAAUCAGAAGACGGUAACCCAAUCUACGAGCAUUGCUCACACGUCUUCCUCAACGCCAAACUCAAAUACGAAGUCCUCGAACUCCGCUAAGACCACCAACCCAAUCAGAACCAUGUUUUUUUUCUUUCAGAUGUCUGAGCCGUACAUAAUAUUAUGUGUAUACACUUCUUCAAAACCUACGGCUACUAAUGAUUGUGUUUUAUCUACUCCAAAAACGAAUAUACUUUUAAAUUCUUA